AUGGCAACUUUGCAUCCUCGGGUGAUUCUCGUCUACAAUGCCGACGGAACGACGCUGGGCAAGCUCAGAUAUGGCUACAAGAAGCUGUUCGGUCAGCGAAGCGAAGGGGAGAGCGCAUGCGGCAACUGCGAGGUGACGCACGGCGGGCUCCGCCUCACCGAGACAGACGCCUGGCGGGACGCGAAGAAGACAAUGGAGUCGUCAAUGGGCCUAGUCGUCCAGCAACUGCACCGCGAUGAGCUCGACGAAAGGAUGCGCAAGAUCGUCGAAACGACGAGGCUGCCUACCGUGCUUUACGACGAUGGUACAAAGAUGGAAGAGAUCAGCAGCGGGAGCAAACAAAGGCUCAAAACAUGGUGGACGCCAUUGAGAGGGCCUUGA